AUGUCGUCGAGAAGAGCUGCCGCUGCCGCUGCUCAAAAGGGUAAAACUCUCUCCUCUCCAGCUUCUAUUGAAAUUACCAUUUCUGCCCUUGAUUCUAAAAUCACAGAGAACAAGAUCCCGACUCCAACCCAAUUCAACCAUUUGGUGAAUGAUCUAUUCAAUUCGAUUCGAGCCGGUGCUUUUGUGAGGUUAGAGGAUGCAGCGGGCCUCUUCAAUCGUAUGGUCCGCACGCAGCCGCUGCCUUCAAUCCAGACCUUUAAUCGCCUGUUAACUACUAUUGCUAAAAUGAAACACUAUUCGACCGUGAUUUCUUUUCAUCGGGAGAUGAAUUGGUUAGGGAUCCCAUUCGAUAUCUAUAGUUGGAGCAUUCUUCUCAAUUGUUUCUGCCGCUUGAAUGGCGUCCGUUCCGGUUUCGCUGUUCUCAGCAACAUCCUGAAACGUGGCCAUGAGCCGAACGUUGUGACUCUGGCUACUUUUAUUAAGGGGUUUUGUAUGGAAGGGCGGAUUGGGGAAGCGAGUAGUUUCUUUCUGAAGACGGUAGAAAUGGGAUAUCCUUAUAAUGUGGUGUCGUUUGGGAUACUAAUUGACGGUCUUUGCAAGUCGGGGAAGAACGGAAUGGCUCUUGGGUUGCUUCGGAAAAUGGAGAAGGGAGUGGGUAAAUGUAGUCCUAACCUUACUGUUUAUACCACAAUCAUCGACAGUCUAUGCAAAGAUGGGCUCACAAGGGAGGCGCUUAACCUCUUCUCAGAAAUGGUUGGUAAAGGGAUUCUGCCGGAUGUUUUCACUUAUAGUUCUUUAAUUCAUGGACUAUGCAAUUUAGGGCAGUGGAAAGAAGCAAUGAGUCUGUUUGAGGAAAUGUCGAAUCGAGGAAUCUCACCCGAUGUGACAACCUUCAACAUACUGGUGAAUGCUCUUUGCAAAGAAGGAAUGGUUAAAGAAGCCCAUGGAUUACUAGAAUGGAUGACCCAGAGAGGUGAGGAGCCUAAUGUAAUCACGUACAAUGCAUUGAUGGAUGGCUACUGUUUUACUGGCCAAAUGGAUGCCGCCUUAAAGAUAUUUGAUUACAUGGUGUGUAAAGGUCAUAAGCCUAAUGUCGUGACUUAUGCCAUAUUAAUCAACGGCUAUUGCAAGAAGCAGAUGGUAGACUAGGCUAUGUGGCUUUUCCGAGAAAUGCCUUGCAAGGGAUUGAAGCCCAAUGUUGUUACUUACAACACUCUUAUAGGUGGGCUGUACCGGGUACGGAGAAUUGUGGCUGCACAAGAGCUCUUCGAUGAGAUGAAAGCUCAUGGACAAUGUCCGAAUCUCAUCACAUACACCAUUUUGAUGGAUGGGCUGUGUAAAAGUGAGCGUCCUGUUGAGGCAAUGAAACUACUUAAUGAGAUGCAAAUUAGAGGAAUUCAACCAAAUAAUAAUUUUAUUGGUGUCCUUAUCAAUGGGAUGUGUGAAGCUAAGGAACUUAAAUAUGCGAAGGAGCUUUUCAGUUGGGCCUCCACCAAGGGCUUAGGGAAUAAUGUUAGGACAUAUAACACACUAAUCAAUGGCCUCUGUAACGAAGGGCUUUUAGAGGAAGCUAAUGGAUUGUUCUUUCAAAUGGAAGAGAAGGAUUUCCAACCAGACAGUGUCACCUUCAAUGCUUUAAUUAGGGGCUUUCUACAAAAGAAUGAUACCCUCAAGGCAAUGCAACUUCUCGGGGAAGUGGCUAAAAGAAAUUUUUCUGUGGAUGCUUCCACCGCAACUAUGUUAGUGGGCUUGCUCACAGAGGACGAAAAAGGUCAAGAAUACCUGGGAAUGCUUCAUAAAUUUGUGCCCUAGGGCGAAGGAGAGGUGAUGUCCAUGAUGUUGAUUAUGACAAUGGUGGUGGUGAAUAUGGUUAUGAUGAUAAAUUGAUAAUAUUGGACUAUGUUGUUGAACAACAGAUUAUGAUGAAGAACGUAGCAUUGGGAUAUGCAUGUUGGGUGGAAUGGCCUUGAUUCAUGAUGAAAGUCAGGCCCUUGAUUGAGUGGAAUGGCCAUGGGAUAAGGCUUAGAUGACGACGACGACAAUGAUGACCUCUGCUGCUAUUGGAUUUUCUACUCGAAGUUCUGAAUAUAUGAGUUUGCACUUCUAUUCUUCAUAUGCUCAGUUGGUUUUCCGUGGGCUUCUAUCCUUCAAUCCUUCAGCUCAUGGGAGUGAAUUUGGUGGUGCUAUGCUUGUCAUGAGCAGUGGGGUUUUGCUGGGCAGUUUCAUAUCAAAUUCCAUGGUUUUAAGCUGUUGUGCGGAAUUGCAGGCCAGUAACAGCCCCAAGGAUCUGUUGUGAUUUUGAUUGAUUCAUAGAGUUUGGUUGUUAUCAUCAAAUGGAAUGGCCCCAUGUGCUAUUUGUAUGGGCUGCUCAGAUGUCAGACACCCUUUCAGUGAUUCAUGCGUUGCAGCAUCUUUUUGUUUUUGAAUUGAUGCAGUUGGAGCCGAUUUCUUUCUUACUUCUUCUUACUUGGUUUCUUUCUUUUCUUGUCUUCUUUUUUUAUUAGUUGAAUGCAGAUGAUGUCCAAUGUUAAUGGUCAAUCUAUGCAUUAGUGGCUAGCUGUUGCCGUCUGCUCGGGAUAGUUUAUUUUACAGUGGAUUCAUUGAUGGAGACUAGGUGCAGGCCAGUGGCAGCUUGAUUUUUCUCCAAUUUUCUGUGCAUUCAUGGCCUUCUGACGUUGGUAUAGUGAUGUCUUAGAUACGGGCAAUUCGUCUAACUUUUGAGUAGUUAAAAGUAGCCCACUUGUUUAUGCAUUGUCAAUUUGCAAACUUCAUGUGAGAAGCUUUUCCGAUCUCCUUGGUAUAGGUUUAUAUACUGAUGCAGGGAGGGACAUGAUGAGGUCGAUCACCAUCUUCCUCGGGGGAUAUCUGCUCCGAAUCCAUGGAGCUCUUUGGACUCCUAACAGAGCUUCCUCAAAUUCACAAGGGAUAAAAGAGUUGCUCUUCUAUUCUUCAUAUGCCCAGUUGGUUUGCUGUUCGCUAUGGGCUUCUAUCCUUCAAUCCUUCAGCUCAUGGGAGUGAAUUUCGUGGUACUUUGCUUGUCAUGAGCAGUGGGGUUUUGCUGGGCAGUAUCCUAUCGAAUUCCAAGGUUUUUAAAGUUGUAGUGCAGAAUUGCAGGCCAGUAACAGCCCCAAGGAUCUGUUCUGAUUUCGAUUGAUUCAUAGAAUUUGGUUGUUAUAAUGAGAUGGGCUGGCCCCUUGUGCUAUUUGUAUGGGCUGCUCAGAUGACAGACAGUCUUUCAGUGAUUCAUGGGUUCAUUUUGUAUUCGAA